ACCUACUAAAGGACAUUUUAAAAUGAAUUAUGUAUGAUAAUAUUCAACUAUUCUCGUUUUCCAAGCCGAUUAUACCGGAAGUUUAGAAGUAGGUACUUCCUUGGCAACCAAAAUUUCCCUGGAAACCAUUCAACACACAGGGCAAAUAAUAAUGACACAGACUAACGGUGCAAGAAAAUCCCUUUGGCAACAAGUGUGUGAAGAAUUUGAAGCGGAUCUGCCCAGUCCACACAGUGCUGUUUGGACAAAUAGCAGCUCUGUAAACUCUCAGCUUUCUGGCUCCCCCAUCUUCCCCAGAAUCACAAGAAACAAGGUUUCUGUGGAUGGUGCUCCUCUCAAAGAUGUUGACCCCCCUGUUUUCCACCCUGCAUCCUCUGGUUACUCUGAGUUAAUAAAAGCUCAGCCUUGUCAUCAGAAGCAUCCUGCAUCAUCUUCUGAAAUUUUUGAAAGUUCUGUCACAAGUUUCUUGGAGAAGAGGGUGUUUCCUGUGUUGCUACCUGGACUGGAAGCUUUGCUCAGAGAAGCCCACAAAAAUGGCUGUUUUGAGAAGAAAAUAACAUCAUUUAUCCCCUGUGACUUUCUAACUGAGUGGCUAUACAAUAAUAACCCCUGCAGGCAGGGACAGAUCCCAGUGAACUUUCAUGACAUUCCUUUUGUAAAGAACUGGCACACCAUGCACCCCAGGCCUCCCAUCCCUCUGCUUCUGCUCCUGAGUGAGGAACAGGCUGCACUGCUCAUCCAGGCUUUCUGGAGGGGAUAUAAGAUCAGGGCUCGGCCAGAUGUGCAGGAGCUGCGCCAAUGGCAGAGGGAGCUGAGGUGGAACCAUGACCUUGCCAAAACUGUUGAACAGUUCUGGGCGCGACAAGAGAUGCGAGUGGGGGUGACGAUGACAGAUCCUCUGGAAAGCCCCCAGCCCGGCAGCUCUGCUGUGUCCUUCAAGGCGGUUUCCCCCCCACCCUUCACAACUCAGAGCGUGGUCCACAGCUGAGAAAUUUCCUGGCUGUAUCUGUUGAAAAAUCCCAGACUCCAUCUUAACAUUGCAGAGGCAAUAGCACAGUUAACUGAAAUCAUUAGCUGUGUGUACAGGGUUUUCUUGGUAUUUUAAAGGCUAUUAAAGAAUGUUAACUAGAUGUAUACCUGACCAAAGUGAUCCAUCAAAUAAGCCAUUGAAAAGAUCUGUAACCAGUUGGCUAUGCAGAAAUUUAUGAUCCAAGAUCUGUGUCUAAUCAUUUUAUUGCUCCCUUUGCCUCUUUGAUGUAUUGCUUCCUUUCAUGAGUCUUACCCAACAAAUGAAUACCAUACAGCUCAGCUCCCAUUAUGCUGUCAGGGGGGAACCUCCUGUAACAGACUUAAUAUUUUCUCUCUGCACCGCCAGCUGAUUUCUGACCACAGAUAACCAUAUUUCCUUGAUCUGUAUUUUCCUUUUUUAUUGACAGUUCAUAUCGUUUUACAAAAGAGGUUACAGCAUUCUCACUCAAGCCAGAAAUUAGGGCCAUAGUGAGAGAUGACUUGGCAUCUAGAGCAGCACUUUCUAUCCUGUUUACCAGGAAAGGAAAUUAUCCUGUCAGGGGAACAGAGAAUUAAAUCAUUUCUAAAACAUCACUAACAAAACUGGUGGCUGACUGACAACUUUCUAACACGGAGCAAAAAGUCAUGCUCUCCUCAGGUCUUCAGUCUUUCAGUAAUACAAGUUUGAUAGGUUGUCCCAUUUAACUUGGUAAUACAUUUUUUUAUAUGUUAAAAUAAGACAAAAAAAAAGUAGUAAUCUGCAAACUUACCGAUAGAAUAAUGUCUCCACCAUGUUGACAUUUUGGAUCAGAAGGUUAACAUUUCAUCAAACACACAACAUCCAAAUGCUUGGCAUGUUUUUCUCAUGCUGCAUUUUGUUCUGUGUAUGAUCACAUGACAGCAGAGCCGUUACGGUAGACUUUUUGCAUUGCUCCCUGCUCAGUCCUACACCUUCAACUCUCUGCUUUUUGUGUCUGGUAAUGAUCAAACAUCUUUUGAAAUGUCACAGAAUAGCUCAUGAAAUCUGAUUUGCCAAAUUAAAAAGGCUGCAUGUUGCUCAACUGACUGCACUUUUCUGCUGUCUUUCAUGCCAAACUAUAACUGUGAAGGUUAUAGAAGUCCUGUCCUCACUGCCUGUCAAUUAAACUUAGUAAGUCAAGUGCGCUUUUGGCAUAUUUCCAUCCUGCGUACCUGAGAAAAUGCUCUGCAGUAUCGUGGUAAACAGCUUUCAUGACCCUCCCCAUGUCUGAUGUGCGCUGCCUUUAAAGUGAGACGUGAGGAGGGUCAACACAUAUCUCCCUUUGCAGGUAUGUGGGUGCCUGGUAGACAGCUGCCACUGGGUAAGGUGAUAAAACAGACCAAUUCAUUCUGGAGACAUCUGAUAGCAGAGCCAGCUCCACAGAGUCUAGCAGGACUUGGCCCGAUUGAAACUGGAUCACACAGCCACAGAGUGGAGGUGGCACCAGGCUGUCACAGCAUAGCCAGAUAACAGCUGGUUCUGGGCUCCAAGCUGGAGGUAGAAGUGUAGAUUACAACUGUGUUUACACAUAGAAAUACUGGCUUUACUUAGAAAAAACUGCUGCAUUUCAUGUCUGUGUGGGCUGGAAAAGAAGAAAAAGAAACAAGAAAAUUAACCUCUGCUUUCAACUCAUCACUAGUUACACUAGGAGCAGUGGAAAGCCAUAUGACGCUUGUAGAGCAGUUUGGUGGUUAACAGCCUUGCUCAGGGGCCCAGAGUUGUUUACCUUGGUUGCCAAUCCGGAGAAUAUAAAAUUAAUGUAAUAUUACAAUGAAAAUGUUUUUGUUAGCUUGAAAUGUACAGUAUAACAGACAUUUCUCAGGCCCCCAACUUGCAGGAUGCUGUUGAAUUCACCGGAGUCAAAUUCCUUGUUUGUGCAUACAGACUUGGCUAAAUAAAUUAUUCUGAUUUUGACUGAACUAAAUGGGAAGUAAUUUUGUAACAGCAACAUAACAUAUUUUAAGAAGAAAGUAAAUAUUAGGUAAAUAAAAAUGUUUGUGUUAAAAAUGAAUAAAAGUUAAGUUAUCUU